AAUCUGGACCACUUACCCAUGUGCAAAAGUAGUGCUCCCAUUGUUAAUGUAAGGAGGUGCACAAUAAAAGAGGGAGCCAUGCACUGCACCAUGGUUUUCUGAAGAAGGGAAGCAGAAUCCCCCUGCCCCCACCCCCAAGAUGACGAAUCUCAGUUCUCAGAUUGGAGAACUGAGGAGCGUCAUCAUCAACUCCCUAGUUGCCUUCUCUAUCAUUGUCAGCUUCAUCAUCUUGUUCUACCAAGGCCAGAAAGUACAGCUGGUGCCAAUGGCUGUCAAGCAUAAACACCAAGAAAUGCAGGACAAGAUGGCAGCUGAGCACCAUGAACAGAGAGGGGAGCUCUCACUCUCAGUCCCAGACCCUGGCAGGGAAGAGUGCAAUUGGUCCACAGGACGGUGGGUCUACGACAACGUGUCCCGGCCAUUGUACUCUGGACUCAAGUGCACCUUCAUCUUCCCUGAGCUUGCUUGUGACAAGUAUGGCAGAAAGGAUGUCAUGUACCAGCACUGGAGAUGGCAGCCUCAUGGAUGCGACCUUCCAAGAUUCGAUGCCAUCAGGCUGCUUGAAAAGCUGAGGAACAAGAGGUUGGUGUUCGUGGGUGACUCUCUCAAUAGGAACCAAUGGGUUUCCCUGGUGUGCAUGGUGGAGGCAUCUAUACCUGACGCUAGGCACAAGAUGCGCAGCAUCAACGGCUCACUCAUUUCCUUCAAGGCAUUGGAAUACAAUGCAACCAUAGACUUCUACUGGUCGCCACUGCUGUUGGAGUCCAACAGCGACAACCCUAUCAUCCACCGGGUGGAGUACCGGAUCAUACGGGCAGAUAAAAUUGAGAAACAUGCUAGCUUUUGGAGAGAUGCUGACAUAAUAAUCUUCAAUUCUUAUGUGUGGUGGAGGAAGCAUAAGGCUGACAUGAGGAUGAAGGUCAUGUAUGGUUCAUUUGAGGAUGGUGAUGCAAGGUUAGACGAAGUGGAGAUGAUAGAUGGUUUUGAGAUAGCUCUCAAGAAACUAACGGAAUGGCUCGGAAAGAAUAUUGACAAGAACAAGACUAGAAUCUUUUUCGCGGGAUCAUCACCUACACAUUCAUGGGCUAGCAACUGGGGUGGAGAAGGCAAGAACAAAUGUCUUAAUGAGACAGAACCGAUCUACAAAGUUGGAUACAAAGCAGCAGAUUACAGUAUGAUGGAGAAGGCUAAGUCAUAUUUUGGGACGCUAGAGGAAAAAGGCAUACACAUUCAGAUACUGAACAUCACGGAGUUGUCUGACUACCGUAAGGACGGGCACCCAACGGUGUUUCGGAAACAGUUUGCCCCUCUAACGAAAGAACAGAUCAUGAACCCAGCGAGUUAUGCGGAUUGCAUUCACUGGUGCCUCCCUGGUGUUCCUGAUGUCUGGAAUGAGUUUCUGUAUGGCUACCUCAUGUACAAAUGACAUAUAAUGUCAGAAUAUGCAUUGCCUAUUGUUAUGUACAAAACUACAAAUGGCAUACUGUGUUAGAGACUCAGUAUGUACUGUAUAUCUAUAUACCUUAUAUAGAUGGAAAACAUCUACAUAAGUCAUCCUCCCCAUUCAUUCUAGACCCACCUGUGCCCACUUCCAAACAAAAACAUCACAGCAACCAUCUGAACAUUCAUGUGGCCUCCCUCCUCCCCCUAGACAAUGGAACAGUCUGCCACAAUUCAUGUUUAAUCCCUUCAAAUCCCAAGUCGGGUUCGCAAUCAGCAACCAUAAGAGACAGCACCUACUUCCCCUUCCUUACAAAUCUAUGAGGCAUUAUCAAUCCUCGCUCAUCUACCUGCCCUGUAGAUCGCGAAUGUUAUUAUUUUCUUUGCAGGAAGAUCUGUCUAUGAGAUGUACCACACCUAUUUCCGGAGACACUCCAUCGAUCACCCUAUGUUUGGCAUGAGCAAUUCAGAGGUUGCAAUAAAUAUAUUCUUAU